AUGCUCCCCUCCCUCCCUCGCCUUUCCCAGCUCGCCAGCAUGCCGUUCAAACGCGCUCAGACCGGCCUGCUACACGGCAAGCUCAUCCAAUUCGGCAAUAACGUCCCCUUCUCCAAGCACAAAACACGCCGCACAUGGCUUCCUAACAUCCAACGCAAGGGUCUCCGAUCCGAACUACUCGACAGAGAACUGACCUUGAAAGUCUCGACGAGAGCGUUAAAAACUAUUAAAAAGAUGGGAGGAUUAGACCAAUACAUCCUCAAAACGCGACACGAACUCCUCGGUCCAGAGGGGAUGCGUAUCCGGCUCCUGCUACGCGAGAAACAGGAGAAGCUAGCUCAACAGACUCUAGAUCUCUUAGCUAAGCAAAAAGCUCGUCCCUCAGCAUCAUCAUCAGCAGCAGCAGCACGUUCAAUACAAGAAAAAGGUGCACGGAAAGACAGUGGCACAAGAGCGGUGGAGGAGGAAAAGAAGGGAGGGAAUAGCGGGCGACGGGAGCGAUAG